CUUCCAGAGCAUUCCUGUUAAGGUUGCUUUCAUAAAGACAUGACCACACAGUACGGUAUUCUCUUCAAGCAAGAGCAAGCUCAUGAUGAUGCCAUUUGGUCAGUUGCCUGGGGAAAAAGUAAAAAAGAUGGUUCUGAAACAGUGAUCUCUGGUUCUUUGGAUGACCUAGUGAAGGUCUGGAAGUGGAAUGACGAAAAGUUGGAUCUGCAGUGGACUUUGGAGGGUCACCAGCUGGGCGUGGUGUCUGUGGAUAUCAGCCACACAGGCUCCAUUGCAGCAUCUAGCUCCCUCGAUGCCCAUAUUCGCCUCUGGGAUUUAGAAACUGGCAAACAGAUCAAGUCAAUAGAUGCUGGCCCUGUUGAUGCUUGGUCCUUGGCUUUUUCACCUGAUUCCCAGUACCUUGCAACAGGAAGUCACGUGGGAAAAGUAAACAUUUUUGGUGUUGAAACUGGAAAGAAAGAAUAUUCUUUGGACACCAGAGGAAAGUUCAUCCUUAGCAUUGCAUAUAGUCCAGAUGGAAAAUACUUAGCCAGUGGAGCGAUAGAUGGCAUUAUCAAUAUUUUUGAUAUUGCAACUGGAAAACUUCUGCAUACGUUAGAAGGUCACGCGAUGCCUAUUCGGUCACUGACGUUUUCUCCAGAUUCUCAGUUACUUGUAACUGCUUCAGAUGACGGCUAUAUCAAAAUUUACGAUGUGCAACACGCAAACUUGGCUGGUACAUUAAGUGGUCAUGGAUCCUGGGUAUUAAAUGUAGCGUUUUGUCCUGAUGAUACCCAUUUUGUUUCCAGUUCAUCUGAUAAAAGCGUAAAAGUUUGGGAUGCUGGGACGAGAACCUGUGUUCACACUUUCUUUGACCACCAAGAUCAGGUUUGGGGAGUGAAAUACAAUGGAAGUGGGUCCAAAAUUGUAUCUGUUGGAGAUGACCAAGAAAUUCAUAUUUAUGACUGUCCCGUUUAAACAUCAUGACUUGAACCCUUUGGUUAACUCUUUUCGGCAGUUUUUAGGAAAACUACUGGCCUAUGUAAUUUUUUUUAGUACAAUAAAAGCAUUUUAGUAAUGGUGAUCUGCACAGUCAGAUAUGUUUAUAUGUAAUUUUGAUUUUGUUUAGCAUGAGAAAGCUUUACUUUUUUUAAAAUAAAAGCUACAGAUGCAA